CCCUGGUGUGGGUCAGCGUGGCUUGGCGCCAUCUGGCAUGCGUCAGCGUGGCUUGGCACCACCUGGUAUGGUUCAGCAUGGUUUCAUGCAACCUGGGAUGGGUCAGCGUGGCUUUGUGCCAUAUGGUGUGGAUCAGCGUGGCUUUGCCCAGCUUGGUGCAGGUCAGUUUGGUACAGGGCAGCCUGGAACGGGUCAGCGUGUUUCGUUACAGCCGAGUACAGAGCCACGUGGCUUGGUUCAGCCUGGCGUAUACAUGUCUGGCUUAGCUCAACCUAGAGAACAUCCUCCUGGUUUGGUCCAACCUGAUGCUUAUCCCCCUGGAUUUUUCCAACCUGGUGUCUAUCCUGGUGGUUUGGCUCAGCCUGCUGCAUAUCCACGUGGUGUGGGACCUCCUGGCCGAGAGCCACGAGGCCAGGUGUCAUCACUGUUACCCAGUCGAGGUUUGGCAUCACCAGGAACCUAUCAGCGAGGCUUGACACACCCUGGCUCAGACCAGCGGGGCCGAGCCCCAGAUCAACAGCUCUCAGUAUCAUCUGGACCUGAUCUGCAAGGCCAGGUGUACCCAAGGGCAGCUCAACAAGGUAGAGCAUACUCUGUCUCUGGCCCAGGUUAUCCUGGCAUUGGUCCACAUGAUCAGGAAUAUUUGGAUCCAAACAGAACAAGUGACUCACAGCAACCUGGGCAUCCUGCCCAGAUGGCCCCUGUCCAAGAGGUUCCCUCUUUCGCGAGUCAAGAAGACUCGGAAAGGAGUGAGGCCCAUAGUGAGAGGCGUGAGUCACUGGAGAAACUGGCCCCCAACUUCCCCAUGGCCGUGGAAACAUUUCGUCUGAUGGGUGAGAUCAUCAGCCUCUAUGUGGAGCUAAAGGAGAGAAUGAAGGAUCUGGAUGAGGAGAAAGCUGGCCACACUGACUUGGAGAAGAUACAGUACCUGCUGGCGCUGAUGGUCCAAAAGACCAUACCCCCUGACCUGCAGGAACAGCUGAAGAGUCUAAAGGCCUUGGCCAAAGAAGUUCGUCAGGAAAGAGCCCAAUUGAACAAGCUACAAAGGCUCCUGGAAGGGGACAGUGAGCGGGAAGCGGGGAAGGAGCUGAAGGCUAGCCAGCUGGGCCUGCAGCUGGGCAUCAUCCGAGUCACUGUGGCUGACAUUGAGAAGGAGCUGGCUGAGCUGAGGGAGAGCCAGGAAAGAGGCAAGACUGCCAUGGAGAACUCGGUCUCGGAAGCCUCGCUUUACCUGCAGGACCAGUUAGACAAGCUCAGGACAAUCAUCGAGAGUAUGCUGUCCUCCUCCUCCACCCUGCUGUCCAUGAGCAUGACCCCACACAAGCCUCUGACUUCCCUGGCACCUGGCCAGAUUGACCCCCAAGCUACCUGUCCAGCUUGCAGCCUGGACCUGAGCCAUCAGGUCAGCAUGCUGGUGCAGCGCUAUGAGCAGCUCCAGGACAUGGUCAACAACCUGGCUGCCUCCCGGCCUUCCAAGAAGGCCAAGCUCCAGAGCCAGGACGAGGAGCUGCUGGGCCACGUGCAGAGCGCCAUCCUGCAGGUGCAGGGCGACUGUGAGAAGCUCAACAUCACCACCAGCAACCUCAUCGAGGACCAUCAGCAGAAGCAGAAGGACAUCGACAUGCUGUACCAGGGCCUAGAGAAACUCGAGAAGGAAAAGGCCAACCGGGAACACCUGGAGAUGGGGAUCGAUGUGAAAGCAGACAAGAGUGCUCUAGCAGCCAAAGUGAGCCGUGUCCGGUUUGAUGCCACCACAGAGCAGCUGACCCACAUGAUGCAGGAGCUGAUGACCAAGAUGAGUGGGCAGGAGCAAGACUGGCAGAAGAUGCUGGACAAACUCUUGGUAGAGAUGGACAGCAAGCUGGACCGCCUGGAGCUAGACCCAGUGAAGCAUCUGCUGGAGGAUCGGUGGAGAUCGCUGCGGAAGCAGCUCAAAGAGCGCCCUCCACUCUACCAGGCAGAUGAGGCAGCUGUCAUGAGGAGGCAGCUCUUGGCUCAUUUCCACUGCCUCUCAUGUGACCGGCCCCUGGAGACACCUGUGACUGGACAAAUGAUCCCCGUGAUCCCUGUGGGUCCUGGCCUGCCGGGACACCGGUCUGUCCGUCCCUACACAAUAUUUGAGCUGGAGCAGGUGCGCCAGCAGAGCCGCAACCCCAAGCUAGGCAGCACCUUCGGUCGGGGUGACCUGUCACUGGUGGAGCGGAGUGCAGGGCGCCUGCGCACCAUGCACUCCAAGAUGCUGAUGGACAUCGAGAAGGUACAGAUCCACUUUGGAGGCUCUGUGAAGGCCAGCAGUCAGAUGAUCCACGAGCUGCUGCAGGCCCAGGGCCUCACCUCCCCAUGCUACAAACGGGUGCCAGAUGCCAUGGUGGAUUACACCUACUCAACUGUGCCCCGGCGCUGCGGGGGAAGCCACACCCUCACCUACCCCUACCGCCGCAGCCGCCAGCAGCACCUGUCCCAGGGCCUAUAUGCUCCUGAGGAGAUCCAGUUAGCCAUGAAGCAUGAUGAGGUGGAUAUCCUGGGCCUGGAUGGACAUAUUUACAAGGGACGGAUGGAUACGAGACUGCCAGGCAUCCUGAACAAAGACAGUGAGUAUGCAGGUAGCCCAGAGGUCCCUCAGGGUCCUUGCUUGAGUCCUAAGGGACAUCCAUCUCCUGGAAGGUCAGGCAUGCCUUGGGCCACCAGACUGUGGGUGCCUGCCUUCUCUGUUUCCCUGCCUCCAGAUGUUCAGGUCUCUCCAAAAGUCACCAGGUAAGUGCUUGUGGGUAGAAGACAGCUUUCCGGCUUCAGCCAGUCGCCCAGCAGAUGGUGACCCCAUCUUUUCUUGCUAGCCUUCUCAUGCCACUGUUGCUGAGCUUUCUCACCUCAGGCUGAGCUCAUCCUCACAAGCUUCAUCCACCCCUUCUUCAAAACCCAGCAAGACUCUGUCCCUUAGUGAUCUCCCACAGCCCUGAGGCUGGCUUCCGGUUGCCCAUACCUGAAGCUGGUUGCUUACGGCUUCCCACUGUGCCUUAUGACCUGUGAGCACCUUCCUAGCUGCCUCCCCUCCUGAACUGGAAACCCCCACCCAGAACUCACCCACACCUGACACACGGCUGAUGUGUGCAAGUCUUCAAAAUAUAUGACCUCAGGGUUGUCCAAGCACAAGACCAAGCAGCCCCGGUCCCACCUGCCCAGGCAGCAGGUCCUGGGUGACAUCGGCCAGCUGCCCUCCCGGCCUCAGAGCGCUCAACUAUUGGCUGGAAACAACUCAGUUUCUUCAAGACAACAGAAGGACAGACCUGUCUCCUCGGAGGCUCAUCUCUCCCAGUCGAAUAUGGCCCACCCACCCAGCCCUACUGAGAUGGAACACCUGCAGGACACCAGCGCAGAGCUGGAGAAGCACAUGGACAUGGCUCCUGAGGAGGAGCUCGAGGAGCCCACCCGGGGACCGAGGUCCACCACUGCUCCCCGAACAGAGCUCUAAGUAAAUGUUUAG